UAGCUUCGUCUCCUUUCAGAAUCUCCUCUUGUUGCCUGUCCUGUGUUUUCGGUUCGGAAUACAAGUCAUAUAACGAACCAUAAUGGCAACCCAAAUGGAGGGACCCUUCGACUUUACAGCCACCAAUGUUCUUGGUGAUCAGCGUAAUACUAUGCUGUACAAUGAGCUGCAUUUACGGGACAAAGUUGGCAGUGUGAAAACUCGAGGAUUUGAACUGCCAGGAAAACAUUUCACAUAUGGCCUUCCCAACGACAGACGGGACUACACAGCAGCCCACGCUCUCCGCGGCUGGACUGGCACCUAUCUCCCCAAAGGAGGAGCGACAAAGUCAAAGUCUGCCACUGAGCGUGACUUCAUGAGUCUCAACAGAGCUUCCAUCGCUGCUGGAUUGGUGAAAGCUCCAGAAAACUCCGACUACAGAGCCACGCAUGACAUCCGCCGCCUGCCAUUUGAUCAGAAGGAGAUGGCCGGGAAGAUGAGGUCGAGGAGGCUCCCGCCCACCAUGGUUUUUGGCAUCCCAAGCAGACCCUCCACUCCAAUCUUUGACCUCCUGGAGCACAAGUACCAGGACAAGUGGAUCAAGGACAGACAACAUCAGCUCAGCGCCCAACGCUCCGCAGAGAUUAAGAAAAGAGCUAUGUCCGCACCCGCAGCUUCUCGCGGCACUGGCAUUAUCUAUGAGACCCGGGCUUCCCUGCUGAGGACUUACCAGAACCCUGUGGAGCCCGCACCCUUGUGGCAGCUGCCCCGAUUCACCAAAUCUGCGAAGCCACACAUACAGACCUUCCGCACGAACCGGGCCAAAUCUGACGCCUUCGGCAAUCUGGAGACAGAUAAGAUUGCCAGGCAAGGAGAUUUCGGCACGGGCAUAUACGAGCCAGCCAAAAACUAAAGUCUUAUGUAUCAUCACUUUUCCUGUACAUAAAACCCUAAACUAGUUUUUCAGAUGAUGUGAUCACAAGUUUUGACCCGACAGAGUGGUGUACAAAGACAGGAGGCAGAGAGGCCGGUUUAUAGACUCGUUUGCACAGAAAAUUUGAUCAUCGUCAGAUAUUGAGGGAUGAACUAUUAUUUCAUUAUUUCAUAAAAAAGUUUCAAUGACUGGGGAAUUCUUUUACUGCUGUUUUGUUGUUUAGAGAAUUAUUCACACCACAAGUGAUAAAAAUAGACGAUUGUUCAGUGAUUUCUUGUUUCACAUUUAUCAGAUGCCUUUUGGUUUGUUUUCUUUCUAUCUUAAAACAUUUUUUUGUCCUCCAGGUGUGGGUUUAUACCCCGGAUUUUACGUAGGAGGGAGGGCAGGGGAAGUAGUUGGUUGUUGACUGAUGUCUAAAUGUCUAUGGAGGCAAUUGCUUCCUUCAUGUCAAAUUUCUCACUUGAAAUGGUGAGAUCACAUGACCUAGAGUUUAAACAUGUUGAGAAAAUGCUGAAAUUUCAGCUGCCUCAAUACUGGUUUUGAGUAAUCUCAAGAAGUUCAGCUAUUUUUAUGUGGUGAUCCCAGCAUAGGUGUGAAUAUUGUUACUUACAAAAAAAA